AGUAGGCAGCACAUGAAAAAUGCCCAUUUAAUUAAGGCUUAAUCUUGAUUGGAUUGUACAGCUACGAUUAAUUCAUUCUUGCAAAAUGUCCAUCGCGCCAGGUCCGCUACCUCAACUACGUGAAUUUUCGACGGACAGUGACGCAAACAACGAAUAUUAUAAAUUUAUCCUUGUAUUCACGCGCCACGGAGGAGAUGUCAAAGUCGGUUACAUGACCGUAGAUCCCAAGAAAACGACAACGAUCUUACCAAAACUGAAUUACGUCACUUGGCCAAAGCUACGAAACCUAACAGAUUUUACGCCAGUGGUAUUAAAAAACCAACUGUAUAUAUUAGGAGGGAAAGAGAAGAAAGCAAACGGUCGGAGAAAGAAAGAGGUACUUAAGUUUGAUCCUACUUCUAAUAAGUGGGCAGACAGCGCGCCCUUGAGGAGAAAGCGGUGGAAUUUCGCAGCUUGUACAUUUGAUGGAAAGAUAUACAUUGCAGGUGGCGAGAUCCCGCAAGGGACCUGUGCUACUGAUGCCAGUGAGACAUAUGAACCCUUCAUUAAUGAGUGGUUAGAUGAGGAUCCAAUACCUAAAAUACGUCGCAACCAUUGUCUCCUGCCGUGGCGCGACAAGGUAGUCUUAGUAGGGGGAAGCACAGGGAAACAUUUCAAACCAAGGCAAACCAAUAGCAUAUGGGUUCUCGAAAAGAAAUGGCCGUCCGGGUUCCAGGCAGAUCCUAAGUAUGUGUGGUCUGAGCUGGAGUCACAGGAAACAUUACUUCCUCUGGUUCAAGACAACCUCCUCUGCACAAUACACAGAGAUGUCCUGUACAUAUUCCGAGACCCAACUAAGGUCAAUUUUCUGCCAAAAGUACCGUCCCAGUCGAACCCGUCUGACGCCUCGCUUCUGGAACAACGAUCAAAAAGACCGCGACUUGAAGAUACUUCAGAAAGUUUAUCACAUAAACAGAUUUCACCGGACACGUUAACGCCAGGUGAUCAAUGUACUGAGCGUCUAAAAUCUGGGAAGUUCUCUCAGACUACACGACGGGCUAAAGACCUUCAUCUUAGCUGUGAAUGUAUUUCCCUGCAGCAACCGAGAACUGGCGCAGGUGUCAUAACUCUAGGUCACCGAAUUUACCUAAUAGGCGGUCACCGUCCUGACAACCCAGACCAUUGCGUUCUGGACGUGGAAUACUACCACACCAAGUCAAGGAAAUGGUUUAAGGCAUUUUCUCUCGGUGACAGGUCACUUACAGACGUUAAAUGCUGCGUCCUUAAAGUUCCAGUUUCUAACACAGACUUUAAAGGACAGAGCGGGGCUCUCUAUUAUCGUUGGCCGUUGUGGUGAUACAACACGACUACCGGAUUCCUAUCUCAACAACUGCAAUUGACAUGCAGUGGGUUAUUUGUUUGGUGAUUAUUCUGGUUUCUUUGCCGUAAAAAGAGACGUGAUGUAAUCUCGGCGCGACUAAGAACGGUGCACGAGGGUUAGUCAGUACGCAGCCAAGACAGAUUACGUCUGAAUUAGGGUCUAGCUCAUGAAAGAAGAAAAGACCGCAAGAAAGAUCAUCCAGGGUCGAUGGUCUGAAUAGGCACGGAAAGCGGAAUUGAAGUGUUCAAGCACAAUAAGAUUAAUUCAUUUCUUUAUUCUGAUGGCUUACGGUCCUUCAUUGCUCAGUAGUAUUUUAACUAAUUUACGUAAUUUGGUAUGAAAGUAAGCAUUUCCCGGGCUUUGUUCCAGAAUAAAGGCGACGGACGCCUACUGGAUUGAUAUUUGAUGUGAAUAUUGUUUUCGAAAUCAAACACUUUCCUGACCUUGAUCAAAAUACAAAGCCGUUGAUUACUGAUUAAGAGUGGAAUCGGAGGUAAAUGAGGAAAAAACUCAAAUCAGAGCGCAAAGAAAGCAAACUUCAAAAUAAAGAGAAGCAAGUCAUACUACAGGCUGUCUUCUUUCACAAGUAUCUGCUUGUUAAAAGUGAAUCACCCGCUUCAUUUAAAAUGCAGGGUGCAAGAAAUAAUAAUGUUGUGUCGAAGAUAGGGUUAGGUAUUUUCGAGAAACUGCACGUUUAUCCAGAACUCACGCUAUACAGUUUUUGCAAUGUUAGCACUUAUGGGUUCCGUUGUGUUCAUUAAUAUUAACAAAAAUGCCAUUAACAGACACUUAUUCUUACUUUAUCUCGGGCUAAUGCCACUGCUGUUGAUGCAUAAGUGAAAAACGGCACAUUCUGAAUAAACGUAAAUAACAGUU